AUGCUGCACCAUCAUAUGGUCGUGAGAGAAUUGGAGCAAUUCUUUGGAACUGAUGAUCCGUCACAAGGUAUUACUGAUACAGCUGAAUUUACUACUAAUGAUCGCUCUGAUAGCCUCUGUCAAGAUAGUAAAUGAACUCAAGAUAGUUUUUUCUAUUCCAGACUUAACUGAAAUGUUAACAUCCACACUAGUGAAGGAUUGUAUGGAAAUUUUACCAUGCCAUGGGCUAAGCCAAGCAACCAAGCAAAACUAUUAAGUCAUUAAGAGAAACAUGUGACCCAGUUAUGCAUGCGAACUAGCUUCUGUCAAGCGUAUCAGGAAAAUUAAAGUUGGUCAAGAAUAAAGGUGGACAACUAAAACGCUAAAACUGGAUGGCUGGAAAACGUUUUUUUUUUGUCUACUUUGACAAAGUAACUUCAAUCGUCUUUUCAAUCGAAUUAAAGGACGCUAUUUGGAUUGAGUAAAACAUAAAAAUAGCCACGUUGCCCUAAAAAUGUUUAAAAGAAGGUAUAAUACCAGAGUACUGACACAAAAGAAGGCACGGAUGGACAAAGUUCAUGAGUUUUUAAAUUAAUUGGUUUUUGUAACCUUUAUAGCUAACAAAUAUUCGAUUCAGUUUUGUUGCAUGUAACAAUUGGUACAUUUGAUGCCAGGGAGGCUUUGUUUGACACGAACUUUUGACAAUGACUUAUAGUCUCUUUAAAUAGUUUACGAUGUCGAGGGGCAGUAUGGGCACAGUAAUGCUGACUCUAUAAGAAGGGUGGACUUAGGGGUGGGCCCAGUGGGCCCCGGGACCCCCCUUUUAUCCAGGAAUUGUUUUCUUUUGUAAACUUGUGUCGGAUGGUACUUCGAGCUUUGUUACUUAAAUAUAUUUUCUUUAAUGAACAUUGUUAAUAAGAAAAUUUAUCGAACGAUGUCUUUGCCGGGAGGUUUUGCUCUCGCCGCAAUCGGCUAAUCGGCCCCUUGCGAGCAUCAUAAAGUGUUUUAAAAUUACUUCUUUGACCACAGCCACACCCGUGCUUUAUUAAAUAUUUCUGCAUUACAUGUUCAAUAUCGAUCCAGCCAUUUGCUAAAUUUAAGCGUCCAGAAUGUACUAGAUUGCAUCUCAGAGAACUUCAAUCUCAAAAAUUUUCCCGAAGGAGCACGCACCGUUCGCAGGCCUGAUGGGCGCUAUCGCGCCCAUAUUGGCACUGUAUACUACAGUCAACUCUUUCUAAGUCCGACACCUUUAGGGCCGGUACUAAGUGUCCGUCUAAGAGAGAUGUCCGUCUUAUAGAGAGUCAAAUAAAGGGAGUAAAGAAAGGCAGGGACCAACUCUAGGUGUCCGUUUUACAGAGGUGUCCGUCUUAUAGAGGUGUCCGUUAAGAGAGAGUCGACUGUAUAUCUCUAGGCCUCCUCUUUCACAAAAUCCUCCAUCCGCCCCUGUAUGAGAUCAUCGUAUAACGUCAGUUCACUAGUUUUUGAAGGAAAUUGUAUUUUCUCGUUUUGUUCAUCCCAUUAGUCCCUGAGUACGACAUAACCGAGCCCUUUGAAACAGAUCAUCGACACAGGAGGAACCUUAAUGGCGACGAUCAGAAAACGAAGUUCUACAAGCUCAAGGCAUUUGGUGAAGAGCUCCCCCUUGAACUGUCUUUGAACAAGAAUCUCAUGGCAUCUGAUUUGAAGGUGGAAGUUAUGGGUAGCAAUGGAGCUUCUGUGUUUCAACCAGCUCCUAGAAACUCAUUUUAUCUAGGAAAGGUCUCCUCCGACCCUGACUCCAUGGUAGCUGUAAGCGACGCUGGAGGGCUGGUGAGGACCUAUUUUCCUUUUUUCACCUCUGGUCUUUGCUUAUUUUCCUGCAUCCAUCAUUAAAUUUCAAGCACUUUAUGGCUUUAACGAGAACAAAAGCAGAAAUGAGAAUUAAUAAUUAAGCUCACGAACGUUGACAUAUUUUUUGUCUGAAUGAGCACAUUUAGAAUUUCAAUCAAUUGUGGUUUUGCAAGUACACAAAGUGCGUCAAUAUUCGAGUGAAAUACUUUGAAUGAAGGGCAAGGUAUUACUUUAAGCACCCUGCAAUUAGAUUUUAGUCCCUAGAAUAUAAUUAUUUAUGGGUUGGUUAACUGCAGUUUGAUAGGGCGAGGGACCAUCAUUAACAUCAUCAGUAGAUCCUGUUGCUGUUUGGAAGACUUAUCUCUCAAAGAAAGAGAGAGGGCAAUUCCGUUACUAACGUAUAAGCAUUUGAAUGAACCAUCCCAUUAUUGGCCCUCUCAGUAUCCUUUGUUUUACAUUGCAAAACUCACCUGGAUAGGCUACCAUGCGUAUCCAGGGAGAACCUGAAUCAUAGAGACUGCAGUGCAAAAUUGAAAAAUGAAUACUAAAAUUGACAAAGUAAGCUGAAAAAUCGUUCGAAAGGUGUAUUGUAUAUUUAACUGUGAGAAGCUGGUAGCUGCCGUAUUGUAAUUUCAUUGUUACUUUUACUUUUUUAGAACGGGAUGGUCAAACGGCCCGAUGAACUACUAUUUAUUCAGCCACUACCCUCCCACCUUGCGAAACACGUCAAGAAAGCAGCAAUGAGAAGGCCUCACAUUAUUGUAAAAAAGCGUUCUGAAACAAUCACUUCUCUGGGUGAGUUUGUUUUGUUUUGUCGUGUUGAUUAACUUCAAGCCAAAGGUAACGACGUACAGUUACUUUUGCUCAUUGAGUUGAGACUCUCUGUAUGUCAGGAUGCUUAACCGGUAAUCACUCGUUUCUUGACCCAUUGCAUAAAACUUACUGUCGAAUAGGCCCAGUCAUAAAUGAAUCGUAAGUUAAAAAAAACUGAGAUGUCUUACCUCUCUAAUGUAAAUAAGAAUGACAGCAAUUUUCAGCCUCGACUCGAAUAUUUUUCUUUUCCACUAUUUAUUAACGUUUUCUGUCUAGCCAAACAAAUUUCAGAAAAACGAACCUACCGGUCCACUGAAAGGAGAGACAAAAUUUUGGAAGUUGCCAUGGUAACGGAUGAAAUCACAUCAUUGGCAUAUCCUGAGUACAACGACACCGCAACAGUUAUGCUUAUCAUUGGAAAUAUUGUGAGCACUCAUUUUCCUUUUUGGAUGGCAUUUUUUUGACAUACAUUGUGGUAGUAAUUUACUUGGAGUUUUUUUCAUUGUGAAUCUGAGAUGGGUAAAUGGAGCUACAGUUAGUUCACCAGUUCGAACCUUUUGCAUUUAAAGCGACUGUCUGCAUACUCUUUCCUACUAUGAUCAUUACCAUUUGCCACGCGUCUUUUGUAUUAUUUUAAUGUCUUUACUCUUUUUAGGUUGCCGGUAUUUUCCAAGACCCAAGUGUCGGAGAAAUCAAAAUCACUUACGUCGUAAAACGUAUUACCGUUCUGAAUUCAGUGCAAGUGAGUACACGUUUUGGUCCUAUUUCAACGGGUCUAUACAGCCCACAGCAUAAAUUUUGCCUAACAGACACCAAAAUCCUGCGUCUUUCUUAAAGCAAAGGGACUCGCUUACCGAAUUGUCAUGUAUGCUAAUCAUUCCAAUAUUAUUACUUAGGUUGGGCUGACUUCUCUUAACACGUAUCAAAUACUGGAAAAACUUAAGAACUGGGCAGCCAACAACUCCCAAUCAGAUAAUGUCGAUGUCACUUCGUAUGUUUCCAGGUGAGUUUCUUUUAUACACGGUAGGUUGGGCCCAGACAGCCCGUCAAACGUUAGUUUACAGACAUCGCCCCUUUCUUUCCAGAGAUCAAGAGUUGAAACAACUCCAUCUAAAUGACGUCUAAGAAAUGUUCAAGAAACGUUUUCCGUUCAAGCUCUUAAUAAGUUUUAUACGAGUAUGAUCCAUCCAGCUUGACCUUAUAUCUAUCCAUACGCACCCUGCUAGAUUCGCGUUUAGUGAACUGAAAUUCUCCGUUGUCUUGCACUGACAUUUCGUAUUUUACGUUUCAUUUGUUCAACGAUGAAUUUCACGUUCAAUUCGCUGUGUUGCUGAGUUUGGUUUUGUGCUUUCCCUGGCUUGAAGACUGUCCUCACUUUCUCUUUCCUCGCUGCUAUCGGAGGAGGCUGUUGACUCACUUAAAGCCACAUUUGGGGAACUUUCGUUCGAUAAAUCCGUGAAUUUUUCCAUGUGUUCCGCCACGGUGUCAAAGAUUUCAGUUUCCAAACGCGUUACUGAAGCAUACGCAUGUAUAAGUUGGCAUGUUCAUUAGCUCUGCAUUCUCUAACUGUUUAUUGCCAAUAAGGCGUGACAAAUAUAAUAUUCCGCGAAAAACUGCUUAUAAUGUAAAUAACUCAAAACGGGGAAGGCUUGAAUCUAAGGCUUUGUAUGGGAGAUGGAGGCUCAAAUAUUCGGCUUCUGACCGAUUGAAGUCGUGGCAACUUAAGAAAUUUUAAAUCUCCCGCUAACAGAGAUCUAAAACUCAUCCCUGGGAUGCAUUUCAUUUUAAUAAUUUAAGUUUCCUGUUUUAAUUUAAAAAAAAAAAAAACUUUUUCGGUUUAUUAAUCCUCAUUAAUUUUAUUGAUCGAUUAACCUUUUGGGCAUUUGUUUUUCUUUCUUAUAGAUUGACUGGGGCUGGUGGUGAGUACUGUCAGAUAAGAGUUGUCAUGAGAUGAACGUAGAAAUGGCCAAAAUUCAGAAAAUUAAAAAUUUUACCAAUUUUUACCUUACAUUUACUCCGAAACAGGUCUAGCUGAUCUCGGGGCAAUGUGCAAAUCGUCUCAAGGAGCAUUCAACAUAAACAACGAGCUGGGGCUACAGUCUGCUGGAACAAUCGCUCACGAGAUUGGUCACAAGUAGGUCAACAAUACCCUAAAGAAAUAACUAUAGAUAAUUCUUAAAUGCUAACUUUAAGAAUGUCGUAAAUCCCGAAGAGGUCUUGCUCAGAUCAGUUGAUCAAAAUGGAGGCCCUGCCAGGGUAAAUUCCGACAAGCGACAUGGCCCAGAACGAAGCGACAGCGCGUAAGAUGAAAUCGCGACAAGAGACAACCUCCUCACAACCUCGUCCCCAGGGCUUUCCCUUCACCCAAUUUUUAAGGGAAAAGCCCUGGGGACGAGGUUGCCUCACAAGCAUUUAUAAACACCGAGACGAGACGUUUUAAAAUUCAGACGGCCGAAAUGGACUCUUCCCCCCCCCGGCAGGGCCUCAAAAUUUAUCCCUCUUCUUUUGUUUUUGAAGUUUUGGUCUUGCCCAUGAUGGUGACAACAACCCGUGUCCUGCAGGGGCGUAUAUUAUGUCGGCAGUCCUCCCUGGAGGUGUUGAUGCAUUAAAAUGGUCGACUUGUAGUAAAGAGAAACUUCAAGAAUUUCUCAGGUAUUGACUUCAUAAUGUUCUGUGAUAACUUACAAACAAUGAAAGUGCGCUGCUAAAAGAUCUGGCAUGUGUAAUCUAAUCCACUACUCCUUGACGGACUUUGCGUUUUGAGUGGAAAUUUUUUUAAAUGCUUAAGUUUCACGUUUAAAUUUUCCAGUGCAGUCUUGAUAUAAAAGCAAGAGUUUCUAUUUCUAUAUUAUUAUAUUUUUGUUUGUUUUAAAAAUCACUUUAUUCACGUAGACCAUAACACACCUUAUUUAACCUCUCCCCCAACAACAAAAAAAAAAGAAAUGGUGUAACCAUGUUUUCCAAUUUCUCUUGGAUAUUACAGCCGUCCCAAGAGAAAUUGAGGACAAUGGUUAUAUAAAUUUGUUGGUGAAUAAACAAGGUGUAUAGACCAGCCAUCCCGCAUUCCUGAAAACAAAGACAUCAAGUCGAGGCUCGGGUAGACAAAACACGGUGAUUUGUAUGAAACUGUCCACCCAAGCCUCGACCUCGUUCAUUUUGUUUGUGUUUGCUCACAGGAACAGAAUGCGGGAAAGGUCUAUUAUGAGCAAUGUGAAAAUGGUGAAUGCAAAAGGAUUUUGGAGGAUUUUAUAAUGAUGAAAAAAAAAUGUAAAAAUAUAGAACUAUUCACAUUUUAUUAUUAUAUUCUUUUUUAUGUAUAUUUAGUGGCAGCGGCUCUAAUUGUUUGGAUAACGAACCACCAGGAGAUAUACCAAUUCCUCCCCUUGAUGUAGACUUAUCGCGCAUGCCUGGAGAAAUCUGGGAUGGAGACAAACAAUGUAAAACUCAUUAUGGUGAAAAUCACUGGCAAUGCCCCCAACUACGGGUGAGCGUUUUGAUAUUCUUAUCGGUAGCAAAACUAGAUAUGCAAAAGGAAAGGAAAGGAAGAAAAACAUCAAGCAAGGAGUAGAUUCGUUCACAAAAAUGAUGCACACGCGCUUAAAAUAACGUACUCUUGGCAGGAAAAUUUGUUCCCAAUGUCUCAUUUUAGCCACUUCCAUGCUGAUUAGCCGAAAAUAUCUUGGAUUUACGCGCCCCAUUUCUAGACAUGUGCUUCUUUAUAGGAGAGACCGUAAGUGGAAGUUUUAUCCUCCUUUUUCUAAACUGCCCACACUUUCAUGUCUGUCUAUACUCUUGGUGUGUUAUUAUCGUAUCAAGUCAUCUAUUCCGGGCGGCUAAAGAUAUAAAGAUCACGGCAGUGGUAAUGUUGGAUUUAAGCAGCCAAUGCUUUUGACAGCAUUAAUCACGGCAUUUUACUGGAGGAGCUCAAACGGACUGAUGUCACUGCCUCUGCUCUUAACUGGUUUACUAGUUAUUUGUCCAACAGACAACGACGUGUGCGUAUUAGUAACAAACGGUCAUGUCCAUUAAGUGCUAUGCGUGGAGCGCUGCAGGGCUCCUUCCUUGGCCUACUGUUGUUCAAUUUGUACAUAUUAAAUGGUCUCCCGCCUGUCAGCACCGCCAGCAGAAUCUAGUCUUACGUGGAGGAUUCUAUGCUCUACUAAGCAUUCUCUAGCAAAGAAAACGUGAUCUACAAAGAGUAGGCCUCAUGGUGCUUCGCUAACCGUAUGUUGAGAAAUCCGGAUGAAAUCCUAGGUAAAGACCUUGUCCCGGUAGAUGCAGUUUAAGACCUGGGUGUGUUAAUCGAUAAGCACCUUUUCGUUUAACGACCAUACAAGUGCCUUAGUUCCAGACCUUUUUGGAAAAUUUUGUGCGAUCAGUAGAAUUCGCCACCUGUUGGACUUCCCCUCCUUAAUUUGUACGGUGAAUGCGUUUGUUUUCAGCAAAUUAUUCUGUUGUUCUUCAGUUUGGGCAGGGACAAGUAAGGAAAAUGUUGCCAGUCUUCAAUUAGCUCUAAGCCUUGCAGCCAGAAUUUUAUCUGGUAAAAGGAAAUUUGAGCACAUAACUCCCACACUUAAACAACUUAAAUUCUUGCCAGUGUAAGUUCUUCUUAAUUUCAGGGAUGCUUUCUUAUUGUUUAAAUCCACCAAUGGCCUUGCUCCAACAUACCUACAGCAAUUAGUUGUCAAGAGAUCUGACAUUUACAACAGACAUACAUAUAACACUGUCAAGCUCCAAGUUGCUAAAUGCCGUACCGACCUUGCUCAGAACUCUUCUAUGUAUAGAUUCACUACCCUCUGGAACUCGAUGCCUACCAACAUUGAUUUCGUAACUCGCCACCCCUUUCCCAGUUUAAAUCGUCGCUAAAACAUUUUUUUAUUGGAAAAGUGGCUCGAGGCUGAAUAUGUUUUUAUUCUUUUAUAGCUGGAUAUUUUUUAUUUCUUAUCUACUGUAAAACAAUAUGGUAAAAUUUUUAUACCUUAUCGUAAUUUUAAUAGUCUUAUUGUAAUUUUUAUACAAUUGUAAAUUAAUUCUGAAAACCCUUUCGUUGGAGAAUCAGUAAAGUCAUUUGUAUUUGUAUUUGCAUUUAGGAUUGACCUAUGACCUAAAUGGAAAUCACCUUUUGCAAUUGUGCCCCAGCUAAAACUUACUUGUUUUUUAAUACCUCAGCAGAACUGUGGACAAUUGUUCUGUACAUCAGAUGGCUGGUCAUGUUUGUCUAAAAACGCGCCUCCAGCUGAUGGUACAACUUGUGGGCCUAGGAACGUGAGUGAUAUUUCCAAUCAAACCUAACAAAUGAUAGCACUUGGCAUUAAUUUUAUUCCUAAUUUUUAUAGAAUCUGACCAUUGAACGACUAAAGCCUUUAAAAACGAUUAUUGUAAGAAAAAAUGAAGUUUAUUGGGCUGGUCAUGAUGACAUCUUUUUAAUUCGUUUUCUUGGUCAUAACCUGGCGGCACAACUAUAAAUUAAAAAAUGUGUUCCUCAGAGCCUCAAAACUCGCUUACUUCCUUCCUCACGUCUUUCAAUUUCAAACAGUCAACAACUACCCUUCAUUUUACUCCACCCACCCGUUAAGCUCCGACGUAGAUUUCAAAGUGCGUAGAAAAUCACCCAUAUCUUCUUGCCUAGAAAAUUCACUUUUGGCAGAUCUACCAAUUUUCGUUAACGAACCCUACCACGAGUAUCCUGGUAGCCUCUUUUAACCCCGUCUGACACAACCAGAGAUUCCUGGCCUAGGUUCUUAUUAGCAUAACUAGCGAAAUGAAACAAAAGUUUCAAAUAUUAACCUGCAGAAGGUCAGCUUUCAUUACAAUUGCAACCAUAUUGCAGAUUCGAGAUAAUUUCAACUGUAGCUUUAACACAGAUUUUCACGCGUUAGCAUUAACCAUGAUGAAAUCUUGAUCACUGUACUGUUUUUUCUGUAUUGUAGAGCAGUUUAAAUUUUGAGAAUCGUGAUCGUGAUGUCCUUUCAUUAAGUUGAUACUUUCUUCCUUGCGCUGACUGAAAAAAAAAAAAGAAAUUCGAUGUGACUGUUUUGAUAGACAGAUGACUCACAGUCAAAAACUUACUUUUAAAAUUUUCUAAGAAAAGGAAAUUAUUUGUUUAAAGGCAUACUGAAUGUGGUCUCAGUAGUUUAUUCCCAGCUUAAUUCCAUUCCACGGUUGUCGCCCAUUUUAUUUCAGUGGUGCAUUAAAGGAGAGUGCGUUGAUAAUGGCAGAGCACCAAUUGACGGAGGCUGGAGCAAAUGGUCAGACUUCUCUUCGUGUAGUCGCACCUGUGGGGGAGGUGUACAGCACAGAACAAGAGCAUGCACUAAUCCAUCGUGAGUGGCACAAGACGACGACGGCAAUGAAAACGUCGUUAAAAAUAUAUCUUCGUCCUUUCAAACUUUCCAGAAAUAUACUAAAAUUGUGAUGUACGUGCAGAGCUGUGGUUUUGCCCAUGAAACCAAUUGUUUUAAGAGGCUGUCUUUGUCUUCUUUGUGGUUGCUUAGAAGGACGAAAACAACGUUUUGGGGAGACUAUGGGCGCUUUCCAUUUAGUCAAAAUUUCCGGAAUUUCCGGUUCGGCGGUAAAUGGAACACGUUUCGUCGGUUCGUCCCACUGGAAAAUUCCCAGAAAAAGUGGAAAAUCUAAAAAGGUGGUCCCGUUUUCCCGGUUGGAAUUUCCGAACGGAAUGUCGUGUUCCAUUGACGUUUCUUGUAGUUUGUACCAGUUCCAGGUCCACGGUCGGGCACCCGGCCACGUACCGGGGUUUACGACCAAAUGGAACAACUUUUUACCAAUCGGAAAUUCCACUUUUGCUACCACCGAAAUUUCCGGGUUUUUUUCGUAAAUGGAAAGCGCCCUAUAUCAAUAAUAGCGAUCAUUGUGAAAGCACUACUUCUGGGAUAGUAUUCUACAGUAGACUCUAGUUUGAUCGAUACAAUGGCUACAAAUAGGUCACUACGAUCCUUUUUUUUUUCAACUCAUCAAAGCGUCAUCACUCUUAAAACGCAUGUGUUUUCCUAGUAAAGUUUAUGAGCACGCUCCAACAGGUAUCAAAACAAAACUUUUCAAACUGUUGUUUUUAUUUUCUGAACUUGGCUGUCUGUCUAUAAAUAUCGUUUCUGUUAUGUUUGUUUUCUCAGUCCACAAAACGGGGGCAUGGACUGCGUGGGAUCAGAACUGGGAGAAUGGCGAACUUGCAACUUUAUGGUAUGACUAUGAUAAAUUUGUCUCAAAUGAUGCACAUCUGAAAUUCCUACAGUGCAUAACAUAACGUCGGAACGAAAAUUUGUACAAAACAAGCUUCGAGAGAUUUUUUGGGUUCCAUUUUCUAAGACUUGUAUGAAUUUCAUUAAGACCGGCGACUAAGGGCAGCUCAGUAUAAAUAACCCAGACAAUUUUGGGGAAAGGCGUCAUAGGCAAAGUUUACAGGACUAUUAACUUACGGUGUACGUACUCUUACUUAGCCAUUUUCAGAUGCAUUUGAAUUACCUGCAGCAAAUAUAAUAUAUGUACUAGGGUCAGGAGCAGGAGAUCCAAGAGAGUUCUAGAACUGCUUUACAAGGAGUAAGAGCCUAAGGGUCUCGCCAGAACUACUCACCUGCCGACUAUACCUUUGAAAGCACCCCUGUAUCGCGAAUAUACCUCUGAGCGAAUAAACCUUCUAAUAUAUCUUUGAAUUACCUUUAAAUAGCGGGUCCCAAUAAGCUACCCCUAGUCUCCGAGAAUGGCUGGUUGGUGACACGACGCUAGACAAAUUCUUACAAUUAAUUAGCCUCCUAUCAAAGAUGGAAGGAUAAUACUACACCUGAUGCCAUGCAUGAAACCAGAUUAAGCUUUGGUCAUGGAAUCCGACCAUUAAUCCUUUUCCUUUUUCCUGAACUAAGUGUCUUUACCUUGUGUGCUUCACCAAUCGUUUCAGUACAAGCUGGUUUUAUCUUUAGUUAGCAGGCAUAAACUAUAAACAGUUGCCUAUGAAAUGUUCCUACCAUUUAAAUCCUCAUUAGUAAACCUGAAGCUUGUUUCAUGUUUUUUCUUAGCACUGUACAAACACGUCCAUUUCUUACAGACAGAAACAGUGCAUGGAGAGAAAUGAAAAUUAUGUACCCUAUUACCUACAAUCAGGUAAUUAACUGAUGAAGUCAAGUCAAAUGGUGCCGUGGUGUAUACGCUCAUGUAUAAACCACCUUCCUGCAGACAGAUUUGUUGGACGUGACGUGAACUGCUAAGUUGGUGAUCAAGAACUAAAGUCUUUCUCUCCUCCGAAAACACUACCUCCAUUUAAACAGAAAAAACUUGUUGACUAAAAACUACCAACAUGACGGCUUUUAGUCUAGUCCCCGGGCGUUCUCUUUUGCCUUGUUGUCGGCUCAUAAGUUUGGCAAAAGGUAGUCGAGAGAACGCGUUUCGGGGGAUCCUCUCUUGGUAACGUCACAGCUCACGGUAGAAUCCAGGUUUGGCUGAGCCGACAAAGCGUAGGGACUUAGCUGGGCCACCUUGUCACGUGGCUGCAGACAAAGAAUAACUUAUAUUUCACUUUUAACUGUUCGUGGAAAAUAAGAAGUUAGACGUAUUAUUCACGUAAAGAAGUUAGUAAGAUAAAAGCAAGCAUAUAUAGUACCAAUCCAAAAACGUCCUCGGAUUACCAGUACGUCAAAAGUCGUGGUAUUUAAACUGCUGAUAAAAAAAAAUCAAUCUGUUAUGUAUUAUUUUUCUAUUCAUGUCUAGACCUAUGCGGCCUUUGGUGUCGAAUCGAUUAUACAGUGCGGAAGUUCGGUAAUGUAAUAGACGGCACCGGAGCAACAGCAUCUACAAAUAACUUCGAUAUAUGCAUCCAAGGAAGACAAGAGGUCAGUGCAUGUUUCUUAAUACGUUUUAUUACGUAGUGUUUCUCUGGAAAUGUCAAUUUCCCACCUGCAGAUUUAUUUAUUCUAUAAUAUUUUGAUACUUCGUCUUUAUCAACCUCACUUAAUGCCGUCAGCAAUAUAUGACUUUUAUUUAGGGCAGUAUUUUUACGACAUAAUUAUGAUAUUUACCCUCUAAGGUACACGCCUCCUAAGAAAUUAUUACCGUCCCCAAACGUUCCCCAAAACAGCUUCAUUUAUCUCAAAUUCAACUUCAAUGUCUUACACUUUAUUUUGAAACUCUCCCUUGCUACAGCAGCCCAAGUUUUCGGUCCAGACUAGACAAUAGUAGUAUAGUAUGGUCCCAAUUAACCCCAUUUGUGCAGAAAUAUGAUUUAAUACAUUAAUACAUAAGCGCCGAUGACGUCAUACCGGUGAUAAGUUUCUCAUUACGAUGACGUUACAUUCUUCUCUUCUGAUACCUCGUUAUGCAGGGCAUAAAUUCAAUCUACCAUGACUUAGGCUAUGUUCAUACUAUAGCGGAUAGCCUUUCGUUCCAACAGGAAAAGCCACAGAACUUGUCACAGAACUGGUACAAGUCGUCCACACAUAUUGAACAUUGUGCCGGAGCAGUUGCCCGUGAGGGUUUGGUUCUAGAAAUCCCAAUCCUCACACCUGAAUAUUUGACUUCCGCGGCAGUGGUUUCAGUCCUUUUUGCCUACUCAUUCACUUUUAUUUCGGCCCGAAUACUUGUUCAUAUUGUACCAAAGUGUGGUACAGAACGUAUCCGAUAUAUGCCACGCUCCACUCUCGAGAUCUUCACGGCGCAGCUUCUGUAUGUUUCAGAAAUUGCUCGGACGUCACCAGAAGCCCUAGCUAUCCGAUGUUAUUCUCGUGCCGGCGCAAAAAGUAUCCGGUGUAGUGCGAACGUAACCUUAAGCCUUAGUCACCAAUGAUAACAUCCUCAGAUGGCAUUACUUUAUUACAAAAGGGACAUAGGCAACAAAUCUGGUGGGAGAACGCUUUUCGAAAGAAUUUUCUUCCUGGGGCAGAAACAGCUUGAUGAUAAUUACAACCAAAACAUAUUACGGUCGACUUGAUAAUAUUCUUAUCCAGCCUAUGAGAAUUAAUAGUAUUUUUCACUUGCAACGAAGGCACGUCUGAUAGCGACAGCGCACUUAACCCAAGCAGUCUCUUUUAACAUCCAUAUUGUACUAAAAGUGGCAACAAACCGGCUCCACAUUUUAUGAAAUUUAAUUCCAUUGUAUAUCUAGGCCGUGGGUUGUGAUCACUUGCUGAAUUCAAACAAGGUGAUUGACCGAUGCGGUGUGUGCGGUGGCAAAGCAGACUCGUGCAUUGAUGAAAAUGCACAUUUCAUAGAGCAGAUAUCCAGUAAGUUUAACUAGUGUGUAGGUAAUGGCGUAAUAAUGUUUUGUGUAUACAAUAUCACAAAAUGUUAAUAAUCAAUACUGGCUUUACAGUCAUAGAGAACCUCGCACGUUUGGCAAAUGCAGCGAAUAGCUGAUAAUGUAAGGGAAAAAGAUGCUCACGCGCAUGCUUUUAAAAUUAAAGAGCAACAACAACCGGCCCCCACCAAAAAACUUCUGUCUGAAAGCAAUCUCUUUGAAACAACUAUUGCUGUUAGCGAUAAAACGCCGCUUGUUAGUUCGUAAGUCAAGAAUAGAUUCUGACUUUGACUUUAGUGGGCUUUUUCAAUGCCGCCAAGAAAAAAUAUCAGUUGAUCUGUUCUAUAAUGACGAUAAGGAAGAUGAUAAAAAAAUUCAUUGAUUAAUUUUUGUGAUUAUGAUCGUUAAUUUAUUAUUAUUAUUUUUAACAGAUGCCGGGGAAUCAGCUUUAAUAAAGAAAUUACCACCAGGUACAACUUACGCCCACUUUCGGAAAAGGAGUGGAGCUACAGCUAAUGUAAUAGGUAAGAAUAAAAUCUUGAUCUAGGUCAAAAUAACAUUCCACUAGCUAUCAGAGGGUCGAGACAAAAUUUUAAUCGUUGAAGAACAGCGACCUCUUGCCGGCAAAUAUUACUGCAAGCAACGGACCUCAAUGCCAGUUUUAACAACAACAAUUGUUAUAGCUAGAAUUUUUUUUCGACAGCGUGCGCUUUGAUUGGUUUCUUCGAGGUCACAAGACACCUAACAAUGAAACUGUUUCCCGCCAAAAGCUGUGAGCGGGAAACAUUGCAAAAUCUAUGACGUCAGAGGGUAACAGUGCACUGUUACCCGCGAAUGUUACAAAGAGGUUUAAUGAAUUUCCAGCUUCAAAAUUUCCAGCUAAUAUAUAUAACAAAUCACUUAAAGACUGGUCCCCUGAGAAACAGUUAAUUUUGAUUCCCUCUAACCUCUUGAGAUUCUCGGGAAACAAAAUGAACUGUCUCCCAAGGGACCAGUGUUUGAUUUUGACCUCUUUCCCAGGACAAGCUACUGAUGUUUAUAAAAUGUAUAGUAACCAAGUUAGGCCAUAACUCGGAGACAAAAAAUUCAUCUCCCCCAAUAUAUCUGAAUCAACAUUUCCUUCUGUCACACCUUCUUUUCUCUCUUUCCUAAUUUUUUUUUUUUCGCGAUUUCUUCUCGCUGAUAACAGCCAAGCCUUACCAAGUCAUUAAUUGGUUGCUACACUCGCAUGCUGCGGGUGGCCUUGAAUGUUUCCUGGCAAAGCCACAUCUCCAAUGAAGCUCUUCAUGGAGAUUUGCAGCAAGUAGGAUGAGGCUCGCUGGGCAUUGUCAAAGACAUCCCUACCUCCCAGCACACAAACUCGUCCUUUGGGACCCAACCCACGGCCAUAAAAGUAGAGGACGACUAAAAUCAACUUUAGCUGAAUAGAUAUCUUAGAGGGAGACACUGAUCUAGACUCUAGUCAGGAGUUACAGGCACUGAGGCACGAUCGAAGAGUUUGGAAUAAUCUUGUCAAGGCUUGGCUGUGGCCGACUUAGUAGUAGUAAUAACAGAGAAUUUCUUGUCGAAUAUAGGUAUUCAGGAUGUGUAUGGGAACUACCUCAUCAACGUACCUGAUGUUUUUACUACAACGAUUACCUACGCUGGAGCUACAAUAUUCUACAAGCACACAAAAGCAAGAUACCAGGACAUCCUGGAGAUACGUGGACCGACCACAGAGACGCUGAAAGUUGUGGUAUUAUUCUAGCAAAAGCUCUAAUUGUAUUAUAAAUCAAGCAAUUGCAAGCACAUUUCCUAAUUUGGAGGAAUUGUACUCUUUUGGACUAGCUUUGCAAAAACUCUUCUUUUUUCAACAAGAUCAUAUGAAGACAUUUUUGCUGUCCUCUAGAGUAAACAUGUUAAUAAUCAAAUUUUAAUUUGUUUCUAGCUUCUUCGAGUACUUGAAGAAACUGAAGGUGUAGACUAUACGGUACAAAGACCGUUACAGCCUGGUGAAUCUGCCCCAGUUCUUAAUUAUACUUGGAGCAUUAUAAAUGACUGGUCCGUAUGUUCAGUAUCGUGUGCUGGAGGUAAAAAUUACCGGUUUUUUUUCUUAGUCACAUCUUGUGAGGAAAAUUUGGUGAUAUUAAAUUUGCUUAACCCAUUGGCUGUCGUACCGGCCAAAACCCAUGCCACCGUACAAGACCACACUACUUUCUCAAUCGCACGAACGUUGCCUUGAUUGUCGGUUGUGAGCAUUGCGUAGAAAGUCCUUCAAAUUUUGUUAUCCAAUAAACGCACUAAAUAUUCAGCGCUUUUUGCAAAAUAUCAUCUUUAGAAUUUGGACAAGAACAAAAAUGCUUCUUUUUGUUGCAGGUGUUCAAAAGCGUGAUGUGCGCUGCAUUCUAACUGAAGACGGUUCCACAGUAUCAGACGACGCUUGUGAACUUUUUACUAAGCCAGCAGCCACUCAAGAGUGCAACAAUCAAGCUUGCGAACCCAAGUAUUCUUACUUACUUAUUCUUAACUUAAAAGGAACAGCUAGAUUUCAAUAAUGAAAAGCACAAACAAAACUUUUCUGUUCAUAGAAUUAUACAAUAAUAGUUUGAGAACAAAAUUCCUCGACAAAAAAAAAGUUGUUUUUUAAAAAUGAAAAGAUGAUUACCUGUAAUGUAUGAAUAUCCGCACAUUACACUAUUGAGACUUAUGUCUUGUAAAUGGACAACAUCUUCUAUUCUUUUGCGUCGGGUUCAAUAACAACAUGCCUUUUCUUCCUUUUUAUUGACCAUGUUAAGUAACCAGUUUGUUGCAAAUCUGCUCUGCCGCAAUUAAUUGACAAUUGCAACUAGAAUAUUUGCAUCUUAACAUGUUAAUUCAACCUGAUUUCCUUUAUGUUACGAUGAAAUAAACGCCAAAACAGUAAGCAAUUUUUAAAAGUUUAUUCCAUUUAUUAUUUUUUUCUUCUUGUUCUUGUUCUUGUUCUUGUUCUUGUUCUUGUUCUUGUUCUUGUUCUUGUUCUUGUUCUUGUUCUUGUUCUUCUUGUUCUUCUUCUUCUUCUUCUUCUUGUUCUUGUUCUUCUUCUUGUUCUUCUUGUUCUUGUUCUUCUUCUUCUUCUUCUUGUUCUUCUUCUUCUUCUUUGUUCUUGUUCUUCUUCUUGUUCUUGUUCUUCUUCUUCUUCUUCUUCUUCUUCUUGUUCUUGUUCUUGUUCUUUUGUUUUUGUUCUUGUUGUUCUUGUUGUUGUUGUUGUUCUUCUUCUUCUUCUUUUUUUUUUUUUUUUUUUUUUUUUGGGGGGGGUACGUUGGGUAAAUCACACAUUAAGAUAGCUAGCAUUAAGUAUAACUACCAGACCUGUUCAUUCACAGAUGGCACACAACAGAGUGGACAUCUUGUUCAAAGACUUGCGGCUUAGGAACACGAACACGACGUGUCAUCUGCCAACAGCAAGUAUCAACCACGGCAACUGUCGAAGUGUCAGAGUCAACUUGUCUAGCACAGGAUAAGCCGGUUGUGGACCCUGACAGUGAAUCUUGUGCUGCGUGGCCUUGUCCUGCUGAUUGGAACGUUGCAUCAGAAUGGUCUUCGGUAAGAAGCUCCGACAAUCAGAGCAGACCGAUCUAUGUUGAGUCUGUUUAACAAGAUGAGAUUACUAUUGAGUUCUUCUUUCUCGUACAAUGUUUAUUGUCGUGUACAGGGUAUAUAAUUUUGACCCGUAAAUCUAUUUAAUAUGAAAUCGCCCGGUGAAGUAGAAAGUUUUCUGUGGAGCUAGAUUUUGAGUGUGUAUGAAAUUCCGAGGUGGGUUCAUUCAAAUGGGAGAUUCUAAUUGUGAUUCUUUUUCUAGUAAUAUUAAUGACUACACUGUACCGAACGAAGUUGUUCGCAAAAUUUUGCGUUAAAAACCAUUGCACGGUGGGUUUUUGGGUACGCCUUAUUCUGCUGUCUACUAUGGCCAUUGUAACAUAGUGGCAUAAUUUGCACGUUUUUGAAAACAAUAGGCAGAUAAUUCGUGAGUGUUAGGUCUAUUUCUAAGAACUUUUAAACUUGUCUAUCUAAUAACCGGAACUGAUGCGUAGGGCAUUGUUUUAUUCAUUAUGUUUUCUUAAGUGUUCAACUUCAUGUGGGCCCGGUGUUAUGACACGGAAAGUGGAGUGUCAAUUAACACAGGCAGAUGGAUCGAGUACAGUGAUUCCAAGUAUAGCAUGCGCAUACCGGUUGAAAAAGCCACUAUCUGAAAUAACGUGUCAUGAAAACAUAACAUGCAAUAAUGAAGGUGAGAAAGACAUUACUUAUUGGUUAACAAUUUACGUGUACAGGCCAGGUGCACAAAACAACCUUUCAAGCUGUUUGGUCCGGGUGAAGAAAGGAAAUAUUCGUCAGGGUAAAAAUGCUUUUCCCACUUUGAAUAUUGAUUUGAAAAUGAUGCGUACGUUGUCCAGCCCACAAAAGAAUGAAGUUCGAGACUCCCCACCGUUGAAAGUUUAAGAAAAGAAAAGUUAGAGGAGACAGCGUGGCCGAGUGGUCAGCGGGUUGGAUUCGCAAUCUGGCGGUCCCGGGUUCGAAUCCCGCUCCGGCCACUUGCUGGAUUUGUUCUCGGUCGUGCCGAGUUCAGUUCUUCGGCUAUACAGUUUAUAAAUAGCAAACUGGUUGCCUCCUCAGUGCCAGUUGGGGUUUUAAUCCUGUUACGUCGUAUUUGAAUUAUGUGUUUCUAAGUAUUUGAGUGGAGUGCCUGUAAACUAGCUGCAUAAAGAGAUUGUGCUCGGCAACUUUUGAACAACUUUUAGCGUUUUGAGCAACUCUUUGUAGUACCAGCAACCUACGGCAACUUUUGCCUUCCUUGGCAACUUUUGAGCAACAAAUUGAUAUAAAACCGAUCCAAACCAUAAAAGGUCGUUUCAUUUCGAAGGAUUUUAUUAAAACUGGUUUUAUCAAAACUGGUUUUAUUACAACUAAGAAUAUACAAUAAAAUGACAAUAAAAUAACACUUGCAUUACGCCCACGAAAUCUGGACAGCGGCUAUCUGUAUAUCUGUAAGAGUAUAUUGAUUACAACAUAGUAUUUAUAUUUGUCAUAUAACAAUGGCUCUUUUAAUGAUUGUAAGAAUAUUUAAUGAAAAUGUUUAAAUGGCAACAAACAAACAAACAAACACGUUUUGAGUAUUUAUCUAAAACAAAACGACUCUAGAGCAAGCAACUUUUCUAAAUUUUGGUAGCAACUUUUUGAUAUUUGAGCAACUUUAGAGCAACUUUUGGGUAUACUGUGAAGCAACUUUUCCUGAAUUUACUUGCACAAUCUAUUCAUGCCUACUGUCAACUAGCUGGAUAGGCUAAAUGCACUUUCCACUAUAAACAAACCUUUAAACCCUUUUUAAACCUUUUAAAAUCUCUCUUAUAAACAACUCAAGUAAAGCUCUUUUGGCGAAACUAUUGCAUACCUUUGUUUCCUUUUUUCAUAUGCGAUCGAUCGAAAAUCCGAAUUUGCUUUUCUAUAAACACUUGGGUAUAAUUGUCAACGCAUUGCUAAUAUUUUAUUUGAAUUACAAUAAAUAAGGUGAGAACCAGACGAGCUCUAUUUGCGAUCCAGUGGAUCCAUGUUUAAACGGUGGGACGUGUAAUGGGAACUCUGUGGAAAGACCAUGCCUUUGCCAACCUGGUUACACUGGUGCCUACUGCGAAGGUAAAUGUUAGGUUCCUUUCGAAUACAAAAGGUUUCUGGAAUUUCCUGCUAUAGGUGCAUAUUAGGGGGGGAAAGAGCAAAUUAAAUCCUUUGGCUUUUUGCAACUUUUUUUUACGUGCAUAAAUAAGAUUACGCUUUUGCUUAUAUAUUUCAUUGUGGCUUUAACUAAAAGAAUAAUAACGAUUUAGAGGUAGUUUAUCCACAAAGUGGUUAUUCGUCUACCAUUCCUGGUCGAAUUGGAAUUUGGAAAUGUUGGGUUUUGAGGUGAGGUAAAAACCGGGGUACCGAGAGAAAAACCUCAGUCUCGGAACAAGGGGGAGAACCAACAACAAACAACUUAAUCCACAUACGACGUCGACGCCGGGAUUUGAAUUAGGGCAACAUCGCCGGUGGGAGACUGGUGAUCUCACCAGUCCGCGCCACUCUGCCCUAGUAAUCAUACGCCCGAGAAACAAACAAAUGAAUUGCAAUCAAGAAAAAGGCGAUGUUAAGUGUUUUUCUAGCCAGGAUUUGUGGAAAUAGCAGUAAGCAGGCAAUAGUUUUUAAGGGACGUCCCAGCAAAAAUAAACAAGGUGAUAAAAAGAUUUACCUUUUAUAUCUGUUCUAUCUAGAAGUCUUCCAUCUUUACAUUAAUUCCUUUGACAGUGGCCAUAAACCCCUGUGACAAUUCUCCAUGUAAGAACAACGGAACGUGUAUUGCUGAGUCUCCUGUUGCUUACACAUGUCAAUGCGGAGAGUGGUUUUCUGGUCAUUUCUGCGAAGGUAAUUAAGUCCUGAAAUUCGCCUACAAUGUUUGUCUUUUUUACCAUGAUUGUACAUCACUAAGUUCAGUCUCUCAAUUCAAUCCGAUUUGUUAUUUUCAAUUAACAGAACAGAUAUAUGCAUGUGAUAGCAGUCCAUGCUAUAACGAAGGAAUUUGUAUAAAUGAUGACUUGGACGCAACAAAAUACUCCUGCCAAUGCCCACCAUGGAUUACUGGUGCUAACUGCGAAGGUAGGUCAGUCAAUACAGACAACAUACGUACAUGGGAGGUACUUCUAUUUCAUAGCUCUUUCGUCUUUUGUUAAAAUCUAUUGCACGCAUAACAAUUUUUAUACCUCGAUAAAAUACAUGUUUCGCUUUUUAUAACAAGCGGAAGCUACAUGUUUCUAAAUACUGAUUGGAAGUGUUUCAUACCACUCUUUUAAACACUUUUCAAGGCAGCGGUUACUUAUAACGAUAAGAUCAAUGCUAAAGUUCACUAGAACUCACGGUGUAAAGUUACUGUAAUUGCAAUACAGUUAAUAGUUCGAUUUGAGGCUAUAAGACAAAGGAAAUUAAACUUGAAAAAAUAGGUUUUUCCGAGACUGCACGGAUUUAGUUGUUGCCAUUUCACUAGUGAUUCUUACUGUUGAAGGUCACAAAGAACUUGAUAAAUUUAGUUGAUAGGAACAUUUUCAAUGACAAUUUCUCUUUUUCAUAUCUCACAGUGUUGUCAAGUGCAUGCGAAAGCCAACCAUGUCAAAAUGGCGGCUACUGCAGUAGUGACUUGACUGUAGAUCCUUCUCAAUACAAAUGUGGCUGUAGCGCCUGGUUCACUGGAAAACAUUGUGAAGGUACUUAAUGAAAUGACGACAACUAUAUAUAACAAUGUUAAUUAAAGCUAAUGAAGUUCACAAUAUUGUUUAUGGAAAACAUUAAAGAACACGUAGUAUAUUACUUCGAGAGGUCACCGCACCAUGCCACAGCGGCCAUUGAGCCCGCGCAAUAAGCCCUUUGCAGCUAGCCAUUCACGUAGUACAAAACCGCCACGCUGCUGGAGAGCACUGGGACAAGACAAACAAAAGACAUACAUAAUUUGAAAUGGUAAUUUUCCUUGUUUGUCCUGUCCCAGUGCGACUUUAGAUCUCCAGCACGGCGGUUUUAUACCACGUAAAUGGCUAGCUGCAUGGGCCUAUUUAGGCUAGACGUGUGGAGUUACUUUUGUGCAGAGAGAAAUCAGUUUUAGAAGAGUAUAAGUGAGAGAACGACCUUAAUAUAUUUUCAUGUUCUCGAUCACCUUUUGAACGAACAGGUAGAUACUGACAUGUUAUCGUGUACUUAAAUCUUUUAGCAGUGAAACAAUGGUACGUUGACUUUCAUUAUCAGGAAGUGUUUUUUAUGUUUUCGUUUUUUUUUUUAAUGUAAGGGUUGUUGCAAAAAAAUGAAAGAAUAAAAUUUUACUAAUCUUAGAAAAUCUUGUUUGUUUGUUUGUUUGUUUGUUUUUUUUUUCGGCGCAGUUCAAAUAUAUCCAUGUGACAGCAAACCUUGCUUGAAUAAUGGCACCUGUAGUAACGAUCCUCAAGAUAUUUCAAAAUACCACUGCGCAUGCCCAAAGUGGAUUGUGGGUGACAAAUGCCAAGGUAACGGAGCAAGAAAAUUCUCACUGACAUCUAAUAACUCAUCACAAUUUUCCCUCAAUUCAUUCAAGUGUACUAUUGAGUUAGGAAUGAACUGGGAGAAUUGUAAAGGACUGAAAGAAACCGUUCUUAGCUAUAUUUAGACAAGGAUACCUUCAAUUAUAUGAUUCCAUAUUUGAGCAAAAAAAUCCGUGCUUCUGGCCGGACGGCUAACAUGGUUCUAAACACUAUAUUGGGAAAUUAGACGCUUCAGGGUUAUGUGCUUCUGAUUAGAAAAGAAUACCGACGUCAAAGUUAAAAAGGCAUACAUUUUUACACUCUGAGCGAAAUUUGAAUGUUGUAUUCCCCACUAACUUAGCAAAGCGUUCAUUUGUACUUCAACAGUAACACAAACAAUCUGUGACGUUGCAAAUCCGUGUGGGAAUGGAGGCAAUUGUAGCAGCACUUUCAGUAGUCCCGAGGAGUACUCUUGCAGUUGUGGUGACUGGUUUACUGGAAAGAACUGUGAAGGUGAUUGGUUGAAUGGUUUGCGGACCGGCGGUUAAGGCGGUACGACUGGAUUUUUAGGGGGCCAAAUAACCUUAAAAUUCAGGAUUUACCACGACUCCAGUAGCAAAGAUAGCGAAACACUUUCACCAGGGCUGCUUUAGAUAAGAUAAAAAAAGUGCUGCAAUUGCUGUGGCUAAGGUGUUAUAUUAACGAUGGCAACGUUUUGAAGCCAUUAAUUCUUUUACUUUCUCUGGAAUCGACACUUACUACCCGGGAGGUUUCUUCUCAAAUGACUGUAGUUUGUGUUGUAGCUGCUUCGAUUGUCGUUAAGCUUCGAAUACAUUCUGUUUGAAAGAUUGAGUUAUCGAGAUAGAUUGGAACUUGAGCGUUACAAAUACAUUAACAACUAAGUAAUCGUGGUCAUUAGCUAAUAAUUAUUAAAUAAUGCGAAAAGAAUCUCUUACGGACUACCUCUACAGCUUAUCCUCUACUAAGCCCGAAAUAAACUACUAUUAAUGCAACAAUUCACACAAUUUCAAGUAGCGAUAAUUUCAUUUGUUUGAAAAAUAACUACAUUGUUUGUCCUUUGCCUUUUCAGAUAGGAUAUUUCCGUGUGGUAGCAUGCCUUGUGUCAACAAUGCGACAUGUAGUAACGAUGAACACGACGUUUCGUUAUAUCACUGCCAAUGUUCACAUGGUUUCAGUGGUAAAAACUGCCAAGGUAAUGAGUCUUUACAAGGUUAUUAAUGACGUUAACCAUGUAACCACGACAGCAACGGCAACAGGAACCGGUCAAAAAGCAAUGCGUUAGAUGAGUAAAACAACUGCCACCUGGAACUGAAUCUUCAUCAAACUUUUCGAUUCAUUCAUUUGCAGUCGCUGUACGACUUCAACUACAAGUGCCCCCCUCCCCCCCCGGAGUUAAAAUACUCGCGAAAAAGUUUUUAAAGAAUGCCAUUAUCUACUUAAACAGUGAUUUUCUCGCUGCCGUUGCCAUCAUGGUUGCUUAAAUAUACUGUCUAUUUAUAUUUUGCGCUCAAAAUACGACUUAAUAUUUCGAAAAGGGCCUGAGCUUUCCCAAUCUAUUCCCCCUCCUCAUUCUUUCAUUUUUUUUAUCGAAUUCUCUCCAUGACUGAUUCUAAGUUCAUACUUUCAUAUUUAUUUGCCAAUAAUUUCUGUCUGCAAGUGCGGCUGCAACUAAAGGUAGAUAGAAUAAGGAUUACUCAGCGUAUGGAUCGAGUUGCCGCAAAGAUAUACAAUAUAACUAUAUUCACAGCAGCUGCACGGUUGCAUAUUAAACCCUCCGUCUUUAUAUAAUAACCGCUUAUUGUGGUUGUCAUAGAACGGGAUUCCAUCAAAGUAUUUCGAAAUACGAACAAUAAAAUUAUAGAAAAGAAGUCGCUUUACGUUUUGUUUCCUUACAGUGCCGUCAUUCAGCAAGAUCGCUUGCUUCAAUACAGUGAGCGGUUAUCUGACAGAUGUGCUUGGCGACUUUAGAGUCCCGGUUCAACAAAACAGAUUCAAGGAAGUGAUUAGUUUUUGUUCUGAGCUAGCGUUUGACAAAGGCUACAGGUUAUUUGCCUUGGGAUAUAAUGGGCGAUGUCGGUCAGGACCAAACGCAGUAGAUGAGUACCAUGCCAAGAGUUCCGUGAAUGACGCAAACUGUCCAAAUGGAAUAGGCAUUGAUAAGCGCAUUGUUAUCUACACGUUUGGUAAGUUCAAGUAAAACUGCUGAAAAUUUUAGACUUCGGGCAAAACAGCUGGACUAGUUAAAUCACAUGAUAUUGUUUUGUUUGCAAAUUGGACGCGCAUAAUAGAGCACAUAGUCAUGCCACGGAAUGUCUCACUUUUGUUUCUUGAGAGGUGUCCUAAAAUCAAAUGGCGCCGGGUGCUAAAGUUAAAUGCUAAUGGUAUUACCAUUAUCUGCGCAGGGAAAAGAGCUAGAAUGAAGGAAACUUUGCUUUCCACAUUUUUCUCAUGACGGAGCCAAAUAUCACUUCUGAUCAGUAAACUCCAUUCAACUGUAUUUCUAACACUCACCGAAUAAAAUUCGCACUUUGUCUUGUCUACGGACGGAGGUGCUCUUGAUCAUGAAACCCAAUCAAAGAAAAAUAUGAAUUAGUUUAUUUCGACUUAAACACUUGAAUAGCUAUUGGUGACUUUCAGCCACGUCAUAGAGCGAAAUUGUUCCAGCUGAGGGAAACGCUUUGUUCUUGUCCACUAGGUAGCAUUACUUCCCGCCGAAACGCCAGCUGCAAACCAGCAAUAACAUAAUUUAAAUUAAAAGGCCUUCUUUUCAGACAUAUAAUUUCCUUCCCAUUUUAGAGAAGAUUCCACAGUUAGUUCCCUUGGGCUGUUAUAAAGAGAAGAAGAAGAAUCGGUUGCUUAACAUCAUGUUUGGUGAUUUUAGAAACUCGCAUAAUGAUUCAGAUCCUUAUGCGUCAGUCGUGAAAUGUGCGCACCUCGCACGUGACAUGGACUACGAGUACUUUGCUGUGCAGAACUUUGCCACCUGCCGAACAGCUGUGAACAUAGUAAACAACUAUUACGCAUACGGAGAAGCACCGCCAGAAAAUUGCGUUGGAGGAGUUGGGGCAAAGCUGACAAAUUUUGUGUAUCGUGCCACUAUGGUUGGAGAUAGUCUGCAGACGUCUUCUGUGAGACAGCUAUAA